AUGCCACCAUCGUCCCACCAACACCACCCUUCUCAGUCCUACCCCCGCCAUUCCAUCCUUCCAACUUCCACCACCGCAUCGGCCUCGUCAGGGAUGGGAAACUCCGGCAUGUCAGCCGCCAAAACGCGGCAGUACGCUCAGCUGCAUUCGCAGUUGGAGCAGUUGAAUGCCAACCUCGCCGACACGCAGAAUCUGCUUCGUAUGACGGCUGUGCAGGCGGAGGAUAUGCGCUUUCUGGGCGGAUAUGUCGGGGCCUUGUUCAUGGGGUCUGCUAAAGUUCUGGGGGAGGAGGGGGUGAAGGGGAAUUCAGGGUCUGGCCUAGCUUCAAGUGGGGAAGGGGAUAAAGGGGAGGAGGCAAAGGUGAAGACGGAAUCUUAA